CACAAUACCCUCGUCCCCAACAACCCCAACCCCAAUACCCCCAACCCCAAUAUCAGUAUCCAUCGGCGUUUCCACAAAAUGCCCCUCAAUAUGCCUACCCUACAGGCGGCGGACGAGGAGGCCAGCGAGGAGCGUGCUACACAUGUGGAGAGACGACACACUUCGCCAGGGAAUGCCCUCAAGGCCAGAACAAACGAGGAAGAGGUGGCUACAACAAGAGAGGAGGAGGUAGAGGCCAAAUAACUCUGAACCUACAGGUACCACAGCCGCAACAAACUCAGCAACCAGCGGGUCUGCCUCUGCUUCAGCCACCGAAUGCGACACAGAUGCCGGUCGCGACAUGGACCCUGGACCAGUGGGAUGGCGACCAAUGAGGAGGCCCAGAGGAUCCGACUGCAGGUGACAUCCAAGCCAGUAAAGUACCAAUGGUCACCUGCAUGAUUGAUGGAGAAAAAGUGGAGUUGAUGGUGGACACAGGUGCGGCAGUGUCAUGCCUGAACAAUCUAAAAGGGACAACCCCACUCUCUUCUAAAACCAUCAGAACAGUUGGAUACUCGGGACAAAGCGAAGAACAGCGGUACACCCAGCCACUAAUCACCACAGUCGGCUCACAAACACUGACACAUUCAUUUCUGCAUGCCCCCAAAUGCCCCAUGAACCUGAUGGGGAGAGACCUGCUGCUGAAAAUAGGAGUUACCAUCACCUGCUCCACAAAAGGAUUGGCGUUGUAUAUGCCAGGAGUAGAAACAUCAAAAACAAUCAGUGAUGGCCAGAGGAUACUGUUCAUGGGCACUAACACAAAGACACCAGUAGGAAUGACAGAAAUGACGCAAAUAUACUGGACAAGACUGUCUCCGCCAGGAGAAACGAAAGGAGCGCUCAAAACCUAUAUGGACUGGAAGGCAUGGAUCAAUGAACUACAUCCAUACGGACCGCCCCCGGACCCCCCACAUUGCACAUACAACUAUCUACGGGCACCAGACGAAGUAUAUCAGGAGGCGUGGCAGACACACAAAGAGGGAAAAACAGAGACAAUCAGAUCAAGAGACAUAUAUGUGGGAAAAGAAGGAGUCGCAGCAUAUUGUGAACUAACACCUGACCAGAUGGCAUGGUACACACUGACCACUGAAUCUGUGCCCCACAUCACCCUAUCAGUUGCAGCAGGAGGAGAAGCAAGGUGUCUCGGUCCAAUGGUGAAAAAAGCACUGACGAUGACAUGGCUGCCCACAACAGCACCAAAAUUGCAUGUGAACGCCGCAGGAGACAUGUGGAGAAUUUCUGACACACAAGACAACGAAGGAGAUAUGGAAGAAGUGGAGCUGGAAAGGGACCAUGGACGGGAACACACAAAUCACCCAAACACGGACCACUAUCUAAAAGAUGUCCCAGACAAGUUGUGGACAACAGGACCAUAUGAUGUAGGGAGGGUGACCAGCGAGAUUGGGAUGACACUGAAGAAUCCAUCUGACACACCAAUCUGGCGUCCCCAAUAUAAACUCAAAGAAGAACAGAUAGAAGGGAUUGGCGAGACCAUUGCCGGGUUGCUAGCAGCUGGAGUGAUACGGCCGUCAAACUCUCAAUGGAACACACCAAUACUGCCAGUACCAAAAGCAGGAGGAAAAGGAUGGAGAAUGGUGCAUGAUCUCCGCCCAAUCAACGAUGUAACAAACACGCGACUGUUGGUCGUACCAGAUCCCUAUGUCUCGCUCAUGAAUUUGUCGCCAGAACAAACCCACUUCUCAGUCAUAGAUCUGGCGAACGCUUUCUUCUGCAUCCCGCUGCGUCAAGAAGUACAGGACUGGUUUGCAUUCACAUACAAUGGACGGCGAUACACCUACAACCGCAUGCCACAAGGAUACAAGGACUCCCCGGGAAUCUUUAACUUAGUGCUGCGCGAUGACCUGUCAGACAUUACCCUGCCACAAGGGACAGUAAUUAUCCAAUAUGUGGAUGAUUUAUUACUAGCAGCGACCUCGGCUGAGCAGUGCCUCGAAGCAACCCGAACAUUGCUGACAGUGCUGGCGGAAAAAGGAUAUAAGGUGAAGAAAGAAAAAACUCAGAUUGCCAGACGAACAGUCACGUAUUUGGGCAGAUUGAUCUCAGCCAACAGCAUGACACUAACAGGCUCACAAAAGGAGUCCAUUUUGAACCAUGGGAAACCAACAAUUGUCAAACACAUGCUGGCAUUUCUGGGAUUGACCGGAUACAGCCGAAACCACAUCCCUGACUACGUGUCGCUAACCCAACCACUAAGGGACAUACUCAACACCGCCGGAAUCAGGGAACACCAACAAGUACUCGUCUGGACACCAGAGGCCGAGCAAGCAUUUAUCCGCACCAAACAAGCACUGGGACAGGCCGAACACCUCUGUCCCCCGGACUACACAAAACCAUUUCAUCUGGAUGUUUCUGAAACAGGUGGUACUGUUACGGCAGUUCUGUUUCAGAGAAAGGAGGGAGAAAGAAGAGUACUUAUGUAUCACAGUUCAAAACUUAGUAAUGUAGAAAUGGGACAAACAGGGUGCGGCAGACACCUGACGGCUUUAGCCAAGGCCAUCGAAAAGACAGCACACAUUGUCAUGUGCCACCCGCUAAAAGUCAACACAACACAUGGGGUGGUGUCAUUUCUUACCUCAAGGGCUUUCACCAUCUCUGCAGUACGAAAAGCAAAAAUAUGUGGGACAUUGACAAAACCACACAUUUUCUAUGAGACUGGAAACAUCAACAUGGCCCCUGAGUUGGAUCCUGCUGAACUCAUACCACACAACUGUGAAUAUGUAUCUCAGAAGGAUCUGAAGAUAAGACCCGAUCUUACCACCACACCACUAAAAGACCCGGACAGCACACUGUUUAGCGACGGAUGUUGCUACAAGGGAAACACUGGAAAUGUGGCCUCCUAUGCAGUUGUUCAGCAGGAAGGAACUGGCAAAUGGAACAAUCACACUACCUGGGAAGCAGAAAUCAUUCCACAACCAGCAUCGGCACAGUUAGCAGAAAUCCACGGGCUCACAAGGGCUUUGGAAUUAAGCCAAGGGAAAGCCGUAAACAUCUACACCGACUCAGCCUAUGCACAUGGAGCAGUGCAUGUAGACGGGCCACAGUGGAAAAGGAGAGGAUUUCUUACGACCAAUGGAACCGCCGUCAGACACUCCACGACUCUUAAGAGACUGCUCGAGGCAGUACUGCUGCCCACUAGGGUAGCCAUAAUGAAAUGUCCAGGACACCAAAAAAGCAAUAAUCAUGUUGCCCAAGGAAAUGAUGCGGCCGACAGAGCAGCCAAAAUGGCAGGAGGAUACACCAAGCAAUUGAUGUGUCUGGCCGAGCCAAUCAGACCAGCCCUGACCACACAAGACCUAGUGGAGAUACAAAAGGAAGCAGGAGUGUACGAACAGAGCCAGUGGAUACACAAAGGAGCUACAGAAAAAGAUGGACUGUGGAGAGCACACGACGGACAAUUAGUAGCACCGGCAAAAUUAGUGACAAUACUGACAGCGCAAGCGCAUGGACCAGCCCAUGAAAGCAGAAGACGAACCACAAAAACCAUAGAGACAGACUGGUGGCAUCCGUACAUGAAGGAGUUGGUCGAGAACUAUGUACGCGAAUGCGACACAUGCCUGGCAUUUAAUGACAAGAAAACCUUCACCUGCCCAAUGGGGAGAUUCCCGGUUCCGGAGGCCCCGUUUAAAGAAAUAUGCAUAGACUACACGGACAUGGGGGCAGAAAACAUAGUACGAGGUUUCAGAUACAUGCUGGUGAUGGUGGACAGAUUCACAAAGUGGGUGGAGGCAAUACCCACAAGACGAGAAGACGCGAAUUCCGUGAUCAAAUGGUUAAAAAACGAACUCAUACCCAGAUAUGGGGUCCCAGCAAGAAUCCGAUCAGACAACGGCAGCCAUUUCACAAGCCAACACCUGGCAAAAGUGGAGCAACAGUUGGGAAUAACACACAGCUUUGGGGCAGUAUACCAUCCGGCAUCACAAGGAAUAGUAGAAAGGGUGAACGGAACAUUGAAACGGAAGACUGCUAAGAUCUGCUAUGGCACCAAGAUGUCAUGGGUGGAUGCCCUACCACUAGCCCUAAUGUCAAUGAGAAGUUCCCAAUCCGAAAAGACACACUUGUCCCCACAUGAAUUGCUGACUGGGAGACCCAUGCCAGGACCGCCUAGGGAUGGGGGCAGGGGCCCAAUUCUAGACUUAUGGAAGAUAGAGGCUUCUGAGUAUAUGAAAGCACUGACGGACCUUACCAACGUUUUGUCCACACAGGUGCGGCAGGCCGAGCAGGAAGCAGACGAGCAUCAGGACACAGCAGUAGGGCCUGGAGACUGGGUGAGAGUUAAAGUACACAAACGAAAGUGGACUGAACCUCGGUGGACAGGUCCGUGGCAGGUAACAGAACGUGCCUCCCACGCUUUGAAAGUCAGAGGAAAAAACGGAGAUCAUUGGCAUCACCUCACACACUGUGCAUCGGCGGAGGCCCCCUCCCGCACUCUGGGGGAAGUUAGAAAGGAUCUGUGUUGCCUUGAAGACAAACCCACCGACAAACCUGAAGUUUAA